GUGUGGUGGCACUCCUGCUGCUGGUCACCAUCGAUCUGGUGUCGAUGCCCCGCUCUCGGUUCCACACGUGGCGCUCGCUGCUGCUGCUGUACCUGAUGCGGCGCGUCAGUCAGCUGGUGGGUGCCUACGGCUGGCGGCGCCUGGGUGCUGGAUACUGCGACCUGUACUGCGCCCAGGAGCGCUUCGUAUUGGAGACGCUGCGCCAAAACGAGGACAGCGACUACGGCCGCGAUCACCGCUUCUCUGAGAUGCGCUCGUUGGAGGAUUUCCGACGAAUUCACCCAGUGACGGAGUACGACCACUUCAAGCCAUACAUUCAGCGGGUCACGGACGGAGACUUGGGGGCCCUGUACGGACCCAGCGAAAAGAUCUCCAUGUUCUACUGCUCAUCGGGCACCACCGGCUCCAGCAAACGCAUCCCAAUGACGUCCAACGGCUUUAAGAGCACCUAUGUGAAGAUUAUUGGCGCAGUCCACGGGUUUGUCGGAAAAACUUUCUUUCCUUCCAACCUUUUGAAGGUGAUGCUGCUCCCGUGCGCUCCACGAUGGCGUUACACCAAGACUGGCGUCAAGAUAGGGCCGGCCUCCGCGCACAGCAUGUCCAACGCGCUGCUGUCCAGUCAGUACACCAUGCCUCUUGAGGCCAACAUCAUCACCUCCGAGGCGGAGGCACUCCAUGUCGGCUUCAUAAUGGCGCUGCGCGACCGCGACAUCUUUUUCUGGGAGGCCGGCUUCGCGUUCGGCCUGUGGAACCAGCUGCAGUUCCUGGAGCGCCACUGGCCGCUUCUCGUCCAGGGCAUCCGCACCGGCCGGCUGAGCGCCACGCUCAAAGUCAGCGACGAGCAGCGACGCACCAUCGACGCGCUGCUGACGCCGGAGCCGCGCCGCGCCGACGAGCUACAGCGGGAGUUCGAGCUCGGCUUCGACGGCAUCGUGCCACGCAUCUUUCCACGCAUGCGCAUGGUGUCGGCUCUCUCGUCGGGCACCUCGAUGGCCGUGUACAGGGAGCGGUGCAAGCGAUAUCUGGGCGGCCUGCCGGUCAGCUCGCCCAUCUACACGGCGUCGGAAGGCGUGUUGGGCGUAAACGUGCGCGAGCCGGGCCGGUCGCCGGCCUACGCGCUCGUGCCUGGUGGCAACUUUGUCGAGUUCCUGCCGGUGAACGAGUCGGGUGAGGCGGAGCCGGACGUGGCGCCGCUGCUGGCGUCAGAGGUCCGCGUUGGCCAGCUCUACGAGGUCGUCGUCACUAACGCCACCGGGUUGUACCGCUACCGUAUGGGUGACGUGGUGCGCGUGGUCGGCACCUUCCACCAGUCGCCCACCUUCGACUUCCAGUUCCGCGCCAAGCAGAUGCUCAAUGUACACAUGGAGAAGGUGUCGGAGGCGGCGUUCACGGCGGCGCUCCAGCAGGCAGUAGAUGCGUGGCCAGACCAGCGCUUACUCGACUUCACCACGGCCGAGAGCGUGCUGGACUCGGCGGGCGCCGCCGGGCCGCCGCACUACCUGAUCUUCCUGGAGCUGAGCGGACCGCCGUUGUCACCGGAGCAGGCUGCCGACGUCGACCGUUCGCUCCAGGAGAGUCACUACGUGUACAAAUCGUUCCGCGUCAAGGACGCCAUUGGACCGAUGCGGCUGGUGCGCGUGCAUGAAGGCACGUUUGCAGCGUUCCGUCAGCACGUGUGCGUCACCACGCAGGCCACCAUGCAGCAGUUCAAGCAGCCAAGGGUACUGCGCGUCGAGGAACAGGCGCGGUUCUUCCUGGAGAGGGCAGUGUGAUGACAUGAGGUGCCUCUGUGUCUGCGGCAAGGUAGUUGUAGGAUAUCUAGCCGGUGUUUUCUGACAAUCACAAGAUCUCGCGCACCAUGCGCACCAACAAGCUAUAGGAAGCGUUUGUGUUGUAUUUCAAUAUGCAGCUAUUAGAAUGCACUCGAAGAUGGAGUGCGAUUUUUGAAAUGCAUCAUGACUUAUGUCCUUUGUUGAAGGAUAAGUGUAGCAUUUGCCUAGCGUAUAAUUCCUUCUCGGUAUUCAAAACAGCUAUUUUAUUGGCUUCUAUUUCAUGCAUGAAUCAUGCCGGCCGUUGAUAUGUUAGUUGUGUGACGUGUAGUGUCGCAACGAUAUAAUUUAUGGAGAGAAUCGGCUUGGAUUACAAAUGCAGAACAAUGAUGCUUAUACAUGACGUAGGCCAUACUCACGAAACCCGUGAAUCAUCAAGACUUGCGUGCCGCGCGCAUUGAAUAUCAUUUUCGAUUACCAGCCUCGCAGACGAUCGAAUAGA